UUUAUUACAAUAAUUAGGAUAAUUAUUCAAAUAACAAUCGUAAAAGCUAAGAAAGUAUAAUCCGGAGAGUCGUAGUGGCCGGAGUGGUAAAAUGAAUUUUUGCGCGGCUUAAUAUUUGCCAAUAUUUAAUUGAAAUAAACGGGACUGAUUUUAUUCAAAGAUGAGCGAAUUUUUCUGGGACUGGUACUUGCCAUAUGGUUGCACAUACUAGGUAUUACGUAUAGUAUAAAAAGAGGUUUACAUUUGGCGUGGCAACAUUGCUUUAGAAUUUGCGAAUUGUCCGCGUGCGCCUGUAUUGCCGUCGUGUGACGCUUAGGGUGCGAGGUUUUUAUGUGCGGUGUAUGCUCCGAAAUGCCGCAAAAUAUUUUGAAUGAAAAAAUAGCAGUAUGAUACUGUAUAAAGUAUUUUAUUGUCGGGUUAAUGUGGAAGGUGCUGUUUUAACUAGUUAUUGAGUAAAUUGUAUAUAAAAUAUGAGACUCGUUAAGCCUAAUUGGGUUACUCAUGAUGGUUCUCCAAUUUUUUCUGUGGAUAUUCAUCCAGGUGGCAAAAGAUUUGCCACGGGAGGGCAGGGUGGAGAUUCUGGUAGGGUAGUAAUUUGGAAUUUAGAACCAGUAUUGAAUGAAGCAGCAGAAGGAAAUUCAAACAUUCCAAAAAUGCUUUGCCAGCUAGAUAAUCAUCUUGCAUGUGUAAAUUGUGUUCGAUGGAGCAGUACUGGUUUAUUAGCAUCGGGCGGUGAUGAUAAAUUAAUUAUGAUCUGGAGAUUAGCUAGUGGAGUUGGAGCUAGUACUUUAUUUGGUGGUAAAACUGGUGUAGAGACAUGGAGAUGUAUCGCAACAUUACGCUCUCACGAAGGUGAUAUUUUGGAUCUUGCAUGGGCUCCCCAUACGCCUUGGUUAGCUUCGGCUUCGGUUGAUAAUACAGUGAUUGUAUGGGAGACGUCAAAAUCAUCGAUAGUCGCAGUUUUAAAAGGUCACACUGGAUUAGUGAAAGGAGUAACAUGGGAUCCAGUUGGAAAGUACUUAGCAACUCAGUCAGAUGAUAAAACUUUAAGAGUUUGGAGAACAAACGACUGGGGUGAAGAAUCAUUAAUCACCGAGCCAUUUGAAGAAUGUGGAGGUACGACUCAUGUUCUGAGGCUUUCAUGGAGUCCAGAUGGUCAGUAUUUAGUAUCUGCUCAUGCUAUGAAUGGUGGUGGACCAACUGCCCAAAUUAUCGAAAGGGAUGGUUGGAAGCAAGAUAAAGAUUUUGUCGGUCACCGUAAAGCAGUUACUUGUGUUAGAUUUAAUGGAAAUAUAUUACAAAAGAAAACUAGUGGAGUCAAUAAACCAUUACAGUUUUGUUGUGUAGCUAUAGGUUCUCGUGAUCGUUCUCUUUCAGUCUGGUCAACUUCUUUAAAGCGUCCUUUAGUUGUUAUUCACGAACUAUUUGUGUCUUCAGUGUUAGAUAUCAGUUGGUCAUCUUGUGGAAUGUGCUUAUGCGCUUGUUCCAAAGAUGGAACAAUAGUUUUUAUAGAAUUCACAGAACAGGAAUUGGGUCAACCAUUAGAUUCAGCUCAACAAAUUGGUAUUCAAGAGCGAUUAUAUGGUAAAUUAGCCCAAGGAGGCUGUACUGUUAUGGAGGCUCCAGAACUUCUUAUAACAAAGCCUCCACCAGCGCCGCCAGAAUCGUUAUCUACUCAGCCUUUAAAUUGUGUACAAACUAUAAAUUCUGUGUCAUCCAUGCCAUCAAAAGCACCUAUUAAUAAGCAAAUUGAAACAAGAACUUCAGAUGGCAAACGAAGAAUAACACCAAUGUUUAUACCACCACCGCCAGACAUAAUGGACAGUGGAAUUAAUAAACCAGUUCCUACGGCACCUUCCUCUUCAUUUUCUAGCAGUUCGCAAACUAAAAGCUCCAUCGUUAUUGAGAAACGAGAUGAAGUUGUACAACCAAAUGUUAGUUCCACUAUUAAUUCCAAUACAUCAAGCACAACGGCGGCAUCGUUACUUACAUUAAAGCGCAAAGAACAAAAUUCACAAAAACCAAAUCAUACAUCGCCAACAAAGAAAAGUAAAGCUCCUAUAGAGAGGAAUGGUAACACUGUAUUACUACCGCCAUUAAAAGCCACAAAUAAUAUUUACCAACAAGCUGGACAUUAUGCUGUCUCUAUAACAAACAAUCAAAAUUUAUCUCAUUUACAAAUGUUCCAAGGAACAAGUACGGAACCAGCUUGGGAUCAUUAUUUAGGUUACAGCGUCACAGCUCUUGCAACCUCAUCGUCAAUAGUAGCAGUAUGUCUAGAAGAUUGGAGUGUACAUACAUUUUAUACAGCGAAGGGAGCUAGAGCUACUCCCCCGUUUGCCCCGCCAUCGCCUAUAGCAAAACUUCAUGCUGCUGGCAGUAUGGUAAUGGUCAUUUCGUGCUAUGGAGAUGUCCGGGUAUGGGAGAUAUCUUUAAACUUCUGUCGUCUUAUAGUAUCAACAUCUGCUGGACAUUUAAUUACUCCUGGUAUAUCGUUACUAUCAUGUACUUUGUAUAACGGUAUGCCACAUUUAGCGUUUACUAAUGCCAGAGCUUACAUUUAUCAUAAAGAAAUGGGCACAUGGUUGGUAAUCGGCGAUAGUCAGGAUCCGGUGUGGCGGUGGUCAGCCGUUAAUGCUACAAAUAGUACAGGAAUAGGAGGUCGAAUACCAAGAGGUCCUCUAUCCGUGCUUCAAGAAGGAUUAAAUAGAAUUGCUGGUAGUUCUAUACCACCUCUUAGAAUGCCUCAUAGUGUUUCCUGCAUAAUUUCGUAUUUGGAGCAGCAAGUUUUAAUUUCAAAAGCACUUGGUAGUUCACAGGAAUACGUCCAUUGGUUAAUGGCUUUCGUAUCUUUUUUAUGUACUCAUGAUGGUCUUGAACAUCGAUUAAGGAUAAUAUUGGAUGAUCUCAUGGGUCCGAGUCAUAGUUCUGCAAAUAAAAGUAAUUGGGACUCUAUGAUUUUGGGCAUUAAAAAACAUAAGCUUUUAGAGGACAUUUUGAAAAUCCUUUCUACUCAAUUACGGUGGCAAAGAUUAUACCUUGAAUAUAAUGAACAAUUAGAGGAAUUAAAAAAAUUAUGAAAAAUGAUGGAGAAUUAUAUAUAUUUUCGAUGCAGCGGAUAUUUUGGAUCAAGCAAUUUGUAUAUUUCACGUAACUGUUAAUGAUAAAAUAAGACUGUACAGAGUUUGAUAUGAAUGAAUAAAUUAUUUUUAAUUUCUAUGACUGGAUCACUUUAAAUGUUUGUAUGUAAUCAAAGGAG